CGCACGCGCGAGGCAAUGGCCGGGCGCGCGGCGCUCCUCGCGCUGCUCCUGGCGCUCGCGGCGCCGGCGCCGGCCGCGUCGCAGCCCGCCGCCGUGGACCCGCCGCCGUCGUGGGCGUUCCCGAACGCCCGCCUCCGCGCGGCGUACGUCGCGCUCCAGGCGUGGAGGCGCACGGCCAUCUUCUCCGACCCGGCGAACUUCACCGCCAACUGGUCCGGCCCCGACGUGUGCGGCUACAACGGCGUGUUCUGCGCGGCGCACCCCACCGACGGCCGCGUCCGCGUCGUCGCCGGGCUCGACCUCAACCACGCCGACAUCGCCGGGUAUAUCCCGGCGUCGCUCCCCGAGGGCCUCCCCGACCUCGCGCUGCUCCACCUCAACUCCAACCGCUUCUGCGGCGUGCUCCCCGACACCUUCUCCCACCUCAGGCUCCUCCACGAGCUCGACAUCAGCAACAACCGCUUCGUCGGCGGCUUCCCGGAGGUGGUGCUCUCGCUGCCGUCGCUCAGGUACCUCGACCUCAGGUUCAACGACUUCGAGGGCGCCAUCCCGCCCAAGCUGUUCGACCGCCCGCUCGACGCCAUCUUCCUCAACUCCAACCGCCUCACGCGCCCCAUCCCGCCCAACCUCGGGAGCUCGCCGGCGUCCGUCGUCGUGCUCGCGCACAACCGCCUCGGGGGUUGCAUCCCGCCGUCCAUCGGGAGGAUGGCCGAGACGCUCAACGAAAUCGUGCUCAUCGACGACGAGCUCACCGGAUGCAUCCCGCCGCAGGUCGGGCUGCUCAGGAAGGUGACGGUGUUCGACGUCAGCGGCAACCACCUCCAGGGCCCGCUUCCCGGGAGCGUCGCCGGCUUGGCCGCCGUCGAGCAGCUCGACGUCGCCGGGAACCUCUUCGAAGGCCCGGUGCCGGCGACCAUCUGCUCGCUGCAGAGCCUCAAGAACUUCACCUACGAGGACAACUUCUUCUCCUCGCGGCCGGGUUGCCCGGCGGCGACGGCCGACGGGCGGUGGAACUGCAUCCCUGGAGCUCCGGCUCAGCGGCCGCCGGCGCAGUGCGCCGCCGCGGCCGCCCACCCGUUCGACUGCAGCAAGGCGCAAUGCCAGGCGACGCCGCCGACGACUCGCCGCCCAGGUGGCCGCACGCCGCUGGCUCCUCAUAGAUCGCCUUUGCCACACCACAUGCCUCCGAGACGGACGCCGCCGACGCCGCCGCCGCCGAGCUCGCCCACCCCAUCUCACCUGCCGCCGCCGCCGCCAACCUACAGCGAGAGCCCCAAAUCCUCAAUGCCGCCAUCAACCUCACCACCAUCCUCUCACGGCGCCUCGCCGCCAUCCUCAUCCUCGUCGCCGCCCACAGAGCACCCGGGAUACGUGUUGCCGCCGCUCACGCCGCCGCCGCCGACGACGACGCCACCAGGACACCACGCUCCGGUCCCGGGAACACCAUCCUCGCCGCCAAGCUCUUCUUGGUCGCCACCUCAAGGAGGCGGAGGGAAGCUGCCGUUCCCGCCGGUGCACGGGGUGGCGUACUCGUCGCCGCCGCCGCCGCCAUCGGGAGACAAGCUGCCGUUCCCGCCGGUGUACGGGGUGGCGUACUCAUCGCCGCCGCCGCCAUCGAAGCCGUACAACUAGGUAGUGUCACUGUCUGCUGCUGAUCUGACGGUGGAUAUGGGAUCGGUCGCCGCCUCCUCGGCCGGUCGCCGCCGUCGUACGGACUCCUCGUCGUUGUUCAUCAUCAUGAGUACAUCUUUCACUGUAGUCGUUGGUUGGGGUUGAUUAGCUUCCAUUUUUCUCUUUUUUUUGAGGUUGUUUGGUCAGAUUGAAUUCAAAGGCUCUGUGGAUUCUUUCUUUCUUCGUCUCCUUUUACUCGCUUUUUAACCAUCUUUUUUUUUUCCCAACUCGACUCGAUCGAUCACAUCACUUGGUAAUAAAGAUGGGGAUUAGCUUUUGGA